AUGACUACAUUUGUAGAAUCAUCCAUCUCGCCGCUUUUCGGGCUGUGGCAGCCUCUUCCCCACUUGAAACAUCUCUAUUAUGGUUCGUCUUGCGUUCAAAAGCAUCUAUUCGCGACUCUCCCUUCACACGAUUCGAAAGUUUUCAUCGUCACAGGAAAUUCUAUCGCGACCAAGACUCCUCUUCUUCAACAAGUCGAGACUUUACUCGGAGAUCACCAUGCGGGAACAUUCACCAAAAUCAGACAACAUGCGCCAAUGGCCGAUAUUGACCAAGCCACGGAGAUCAUCGCCAAAAAUCCGUUGGUUGAUACUAUCUUAUCGUUGGGAGGUGGAUCUCCCAUCGAUUCCGCAAAAACAAUAUCAUUCCGCAUGCAUGAGAGAAAUGGCAAAUUCCUGACACAUCUCACGAUCCCUACGACGCUGAGUGCUGCUGAGUGCACGAUAGGCGGCGGCUACACGAAAGCAGACGGUGUCAAGACUUCAGUAAUGACGCCCGAAAUUGGUGUGACUGCAGUAUUUUACGACCCGGGCUAUGCCAAAUAUACUCCGUUGAAGCUAUGGCUAUCGACUGGUAUGCGUGCUAUGGACCACGCCGUGGAAUCACAAUAUCAGCCAUACGCGUCAGAGAUGCCAUGGAGGGCAAUGUCGUCUUGGGCAGUGUCCACCUUCUUUGAAUGUCUACCAAUAGCCAAGGCAUCUCAUCCCAGCGACGAAGACGUUAUAACGAGAUUACUACUUGCUGCGUUUGCCAGCUUGGGCUUCCGCGAUGGAGAGACUAGCUGCCUCACUCUCGGUCCCGUGGUCCAGCUUAAGGCGCGGGCCAAGCAAGAGGACGCAAAACAAAUUGCAAGACUCCUGCCUUGGAUUGGCGGGACGUCGAGCGGUGAUGAUCUCAAAGAUGCUUUGGAGGUCGGAUGCAAGAUCAGUGCGUUAGUAGAGAGCCUGGGAUUACAUCAAAGCCUUACAGAGAGGGGUAUUGGCAGAGACCAGAUUCCAAUCGUGGUGGAACGGGCUACUGGUGGUUUGAAAGAAGGCUCACUAUAUGACAUCGUCACGCUUUUGGUCGAGGGUUUAUACUAA